AAAGUGAAACUAACUUGCACUGCUCUUGUUUUCCUGCAAGAGGAAACCAUGGCCGGUGUCUCUGGAGGCUCUGUGCAGGACCUGUGUGAGGAAGCCACUUGCUCGAUUUGCCUGGACUAUUUCAGGGAUCCAGUGACCCUCGCCGAGUGUGGGCACAACUUCUGCCGGACUUGCCUGGGCCACUGCUGGGGGGACUUGGAGAAAGAGGCCUUCUGCCCGCAGUGCAGGGUCACCCUCCGGAGCAGGGAUGUCAUUCCCAACCGGCCGCUGGCCAACUUUGUGGAAAUCACCAAGAAACUCAGCCUCCAGGAGCCCAGGGGGAAAGGGGCCAUGGGGGGAAUCUGUGGGGAGCACCAGGAGCCCUUCAAGUUCUUCUGCAAGGAGCACCAGAGGCCUAUCUGCAUGGUCUGCGACCGGGCCAAGGAGCACCGAGAGCACACUGUCAUUCCUCUGCAGGAGGCUGCCCAGGAAUACCAGGAUCAGAUUUGCAAUUGUCUGAAGAAUUUGAAAGAGGACAAGGAAAAAUUUCUGGCAUCAAAAGCCUCCAUAGACAAGGAAAGCCAAGACCUGCUUGAUGAAACAGAAGUAGAGAGGGAAAAAGUAAUGUCCGCAUUCAGAGAGCUGCAUCACUUUCUCGAAGACCAGGAGAAGCGUUUGCUGGUCCAGAUGGAAGAGAUAGAGAAAGAAAUUAUAAGAAAAAGGGAGGAACAUCUGGCCAGGUUUUCCAGAGAAAUCUCAUUCCUUGGGAGUCUCAUCCAAGAGGUGGAGGAGAAACGUCAUCAGGAGGCCAGUGUAUUCCUGCAGGAUAUUGGAAGGAUCUUGAAGAAAACUGAGAAGAGACGGACAUUUUGUAGUGUUGUGUUCAUUCCGUCUGCCAUGAAAUUGAAGAUCUCAGAUAUGCGCGAUACGAAUCCCUUUCUAGAGGAUGUGCUGAAGAAAUGUAAAGACCUCUUUCUAGAAAGGAAAAGGAUGGAAGAAGUAGCAGGAAACAUGGCAGAGUUUCAGUCUGAAAGCACUGGCAUCAGGGCCCAUCCUCAAUUUCCAAGAAGUUGGGAAGAUGUCCUCUUAUCUGGACCUCCACCAAAGAAAGUGGAUGUAACUCUGGAUCCAGACACAGCUUUCCCUCGACUCAUCUUGUCCGAAGACCUUAAAAGUGUAAGAUGGGACAAGAAGUAUCAAGACCUGCCGGAGAAUCCUGGCAGAUUUAACCUGUCUUCCUUUGUGUUGGGCCGUGAGGAAUUCUCAGCAGGCAGAUUUUUCUGGGACGUUUCUGUAGGAAGUGAGGAGCGUUGGGCUGUGGGAGUUGCCAGAAAGUCUUUAAGGAGAAAAGGCCCUGUGAUUAUUAGUCCUGAAAGCGGGAUAUGCGCAGUAGAAAAGUCAGAAGGUGAGUAUAAGGCCUGCAUCCCACCUCAGAAUCCUCUCCUCAACCUGAAUGAGAAGCUGAGGAAGAUCCGAGUGUUUCUGAGCUGCGGGGAAAACCAAGUUGCCUUUUAUAAUGCGGACACAGAAGACUUUCUCUAUGGGUUCGAUGAAGUGUGUUUCGGAGGAGAGCCCAUUCUGCCCUUCUUUCGGGUGUUCCUAGAAGGCCACCUCAGAAUCUCUUUAGACAGAGAAGGAAAAACUGCACUUUCAUUUCUAUCUUUCUCUGGAGCCAUGGCGGCUGCAGAGUGUUCCUUCCAGGACCUUUGCGAGGAAGCCACCUGUGCCAUCUGCCUGGACUAUUUUACCCAGCCUGUCACCACUGACUGUGGGCACAGCUUUUGCCAGACUUGCCUGGAAGCCUCCUGGGAAAGAGAGGGGGCAACAGCGACAGAGGCCUCCUGCCCACAGUGCCGAGGCCAGGUCCAGCGCACAACCCUUAGGCCAAACUGGCAGCUGGCAAACUUGGUCAAAAUCGUAAAGAAGCUGAGCAAUCAGGAGGGCAAGGGAGAGAAAGCAAAAGGGGAGAUCUGUGAGAAGCACCAGGAGCCCCUGAAGCUCUUCUGCAAAGAUGAUCGGAACCUCAUCUGCGUGGUGUGCGACAGAUCCAAAGAGCACCGGACCCAUGAUGUAGUCCCUCUGGAGGAGGCUGCCCAGGAGUUCCAACACCAAAUCUGCAGCCAUCUGGAGACCCUGAAGAAGGAGAGAAAAGAUAUUCUGACCACUAAAGCAGAUGCAGAAAAGGAAUGCGAAGGGCUGCUUAUACAAACAAAAACAGAGAAGGAAAACACUGUGUCUGAGUUCAAAAAAUUACACCAGUUAUUGGAAGCUCAAGAAAGAUUUUUGCUGGGCCAGAUAGAAGAGAGGGAGAAGGAGAUUAUGCAAAAAAGGGAUGAAUAUCUGGUUAGAAUAUCCAAGGAACUCUCCUCUCUUGAAAGUCUCAUCCAGGAGGUGGAAAAGAAGUGUCAGCAGACAGCAAGUGAACUCUUGCAGGAUGUUAUGGAGACCCUGAAGACGAUUAAAAGGAGGAUGACUUUUGUGAACCCCAUGCUUUUUCCUUCUGAGCUGGAGGGGAAGAUCUGGGAAUCUUGGGAUAUGAACCCCUUCCUAAAGUUUCUUAUGAAGCAAUUAAAAGAUGCAUUCUUAUCCAGACCUCCUCUGCAGAAAGCAAAUGUCAAUCUAGAUCCAGACACAGCUUAUCCCCAAUUCAUCAUCUCUAAGGAUUGCAAAAGUGUGAUUUGGGGAGACAAAGGUCAACACCUGCCUGACAAACCACAGCGCUUUGACACCUGUGCUUUCCUGCUGGGACAUGAGGAAUUUAUCACCGGCAGACACUUCUGGGAUGUCGUUGUGGAAGAUGUGGGAACGUGGAGUGUGGGGGUCGCCGGAAAGUCAGUGAGGAGGAAAGGCCCUGUUGGUUUUGGUGUCGAGGAAGGAAUUUGGGCUGUGGGGAAAUGGGAAGGUAGAUACUGGAUGACCAACCAUCCUAAUUCCCCUCGCCUGACCUUGAAGAGGGAACCCAAGAGGAUCCGAGUGUGUUUGAACUAUGAGGAAGGGCGUGUGGCCUUUUACAACAGUGAGACAAGAGCCCUUCUCCUCUCGUUCUCUGAAGCCUCAUUCACAGGAGAGCCCUUGCUCCCCUUCUUCUAUGUGACUGGGAAAGGCCAGCUCAGAAUUUCUUCUUAAGGUUUCCCCAAGUACCAUGCCUUCAAUAAACUCUCUUUUCCUGACUAGAAUGAUUAAUCUCUAAAUCAGAUGUUUUAUUGGUUGGGAUCCUGUUUUCCCCUAUCUAAGGGUUCUUGCGUGAUCCGCACUUCUUAAAUGUUAAAGAAGAUGUUGUCCUGUAUUUCUCACUCAUUAAGCUGUAAUAACAAUAUUAAAA